CUCAAAGACUUUUGAACAGCGUCUUUCACUUUCUGAUUCUUCUUCUUUCACUUUGGUUGUUGUCAAAAGUACAUCUUAAUUUCUUCCUUGUUGUUGCUCUUAAAAUGGCAGACGAGUGUGCAGAAUUGAAGAGAGACUCCACUAUGACUGUAACAGCAAAGGAAGGCGAAGCGUUCUUGGAAACUAAGGGGAAAGUAGACGAAAAUGCCAAAACAAGAGGCCAGCAAAAAGAAAUUGAGGAAAACAAAAACGAUGGAGAAGGAACAUCGCCUAACAAAUUGUCACGAACAACCACCAUGACAGCCACCGCCAAGGAGGGGAAUGAAUUCAUUGAUGGCGAAGAAUUAGGGAAAACUAGGGCACAAACAGAUAACCUUCAAGAAAAGGAAGAGUUCGAGGAAGAAGCCACCGAAGAAAACGGGAACGAAGCAGAAAACGAGGAAAAACCUGCUGUUAAGCGAGCAGGGACUAUGGUAGUGACGGCUGAGGAAGGCGCCGCUCUUUUAGAAGGACAUGAUGCAGAAGCUGGCACACGUGCCGAAGCUAAAGCAGUCAAAGAAGCAAUAGAAGAAAGCGCUGAACAAAAUGGACAGAAAGAAGACGAAGAGAAACCUGAUCUUAAGCGUAAAAGUACCAUGGAUGCUUCUGUUGAGGAAGGACAAGAAUUCAUCAAAAAGACAAAGGAAAGUGAUGAGCAAGAAGUCAAGGCAUAGAUCUUUCGUUCUGAUGAGACUCCUACCAAAAGACUUUAGUAAACUCUUCCAUGACAGUAUUCAUAAGAUAUGUACUACAAAAAGUGUACAUUUUACCAUCAUAUAUAUAUUAUAUAUUAUACAUACCAAACUGAA